AUGCCCAUGGACCCAACAGGCGAGCCCUCAAAGUGGGUUUGCCGCCUGAAGUCACACUUCCUCUCUGGCACGGGGUUUCUGGUCAAUAUGCCUUUGACUCGGAAAUACUGCAUCAUGACAGCCGGUCACAACAUCACGCGCCCAGGAGAGGGGAGAGCAAACAGCGUCGACGUAAUUUUCCCCAAUGGUUUGAAGCUCACCGCCAAGGCCGCUGAGCUGUUCGUCUCCAACGUCUACGACACGAGUCCGACGCUAAGUCACCAACAUGACAGCUCCUACAGCGACUACGCUCUCAUUGUGAAGAAUGUAGACUGGGAAGAGGCUGACGAGGCCACACGCAUGCAAGGAUGCUCACUAAGCAUUCUGCCAACUCGAAAUACGCCGCCACAUACGAGGGGCACUGUUUACGGCUACAGCAAAGGAAAUGAGCUACAGACCAAGACGACUUCUCUGUUCACGAGCGGAUUCCAACCCCGAUACCUCGAGUACACGAUGGAGACCCAGGAAGGAGUCAGUGGAGGGCCCAUUUUCGUGAGCAGCGGCAAUGGUGACGUGGCCAUUGGUAUCCACAACUACAACGGCCGAGCAACCCGUAUCACGCUUCCGGUCAUGUUGGAAAUGCUCAGCUGGAUCAGCGACUACAGUAUUGACCGGACAUUCGAGGACCUCGAUAGGCGGACAGUUUAUCUUCAGAGCACCGGUGGCUUAUCUCCCAACAUCAUAGCACGUCCUGGACUCGGCCCAAACGCAUUCUUUAAACUCGUUCCAGUAUAUAUCGCCAAGGAGAACUUUGAAGCCCAAGAUCCCGUUUCUAAGCACGAAUUUGUUUUGUUGUCCCAGAAUACACCUGUCAAAGCCGACGAGUACUACUUCGUUACCGUCGUAGAGGGACAGGGAGACAGGCCUUACCGGGAUGACCUGGUUGAGAUUGUCGAUUUAGACCCUACGAAUUUUGUCAUGGCGACACCAUAG